UUCAAUGAUUAUAUAAUAAACACGUAUUUCUGCAUCAUCACAAUAGUAAUUUGUUUCCGGUCAUUAAAUUCUUGAUCGGUCAAAAACAAAAAUGAUGGUGAAUCCUCUAAGUGGCGAUGGUGUCCCGUCCGGGGACGGCGGCGAUGAUGUUCCGGCCGGGGACGACGGCGUUUCUGUGACCAGCCGCGGCGGCACGAGCGAUAACUAUACGGGUGGAUGGAGCUUUCUAGCGGAGGAGCUGGAUAAUAAAAAUGCAUUGCCGCCACAAGCUGCGGCAGAGGACGAUGGGGCGGCGGCCGGGGAAGUGAAGUACGUUGAACUGGCCCCACCUACGCCGCGUAAGAGACACUCCUUAUCCGCACUGAGUGCGAAAAGCCUAGAGAUGUGUACUGAGGGCUUGGGCUGCGAAACUGGCUUCGAUGUUAGCCAGAGCAUUGAGGAAUUGAUGGGGAAGUUGUCGUUGUCGCCGCAACCAUCACCAACCAAGCCGGCCGGGAUGAUUGCGGGCGACAAAAUCAACAAAAGUAAGGCCUUCCCGCCUCCCCUGAGUUCAACCAAAGGUCGGGCCGGGCUUGAUGACGGGGUGAAGAUGAUGCGGCCUCGUCGGGAAGGCGGCCGGUUGGUGUUGACCGCCGUGUCUGUAACCCGACCCGACUCUUUCUUGGUGGCAAACAGAUUAGAUGGGAGACUCACACUUUCCUUCAAAUGAAGAUUAAUUUGGCAAGAGACAGUGGAGGCUAGAGGGGCCUCGGCCCCCAAGAAAAAAUUUAUGAUGUAUAUACAUAUAUAUAUAUAUACGGAGUAUAUAAAUAUUUAUAAGCAAUAAAAAAUAUAAUUAAAUUUUAAGCUUUGGCUUUCUAGCCAUUCAUGGCUUCAUAAUCAAAUUUUAAGCUUCGGCUCUCUAGCCUUUUAUGGCUCCACCAAUGGGUGGCUUUUUAUGGGUUCAACUAUGAAUGUUGCUUUUUUGUAGUGGCUCGUUGACAACGCUUGUGAAAGUUCACUUGUAGUGAAUGCCUCCUGUAGAGGAUAUAAUGUGAACACUUUAAUUUCCAUAUAUGUUUUCACUUAAACUCGU